AUGUCCUUACCAUGGCUUAGCCAGCCGGUCAUGCUGCAUUCAAGCCGCGAUGCCGGAACUUGCUCAAUGACACCAGAGCAAUGCGCUUUCAAGACUAGCUACUGGGUAUUUUGGUACGAAGCUGAUCACCGAUACGGCCUACCGACAGUUGCUUUCUUUGUAACGGCAAUCCUGCUUUCAGCCAUCGUCAGCUUUGCCUCAACAUACGCCCCGACAUCGUGGAGGAGAAACACUUUAUGGCUACGGAUCCUAUCUUCAGGGCGCUUCCUGUCCUACAAGAGCUGGAGGCUUGGUUUCUGGAAUACGCAGUCAUUAGGCACAUACCUACUUGGCGCCGUAGGUGCUGUGUUUUUCUUGGCAAUGACGCUUGGCCCCCAGCCUUAUUACUGGCCUAACACGAAAGAGCUCAGCUUUGGAAACUCGCCUCCUAUUGCCACCCGUGCUGGUUACAUGGCUUUGGCCUGUAUGCCAUUUCUCUUCAUUUUAGGUGCAAAAGCAAAUCCGAUUUCUGCCCUGACCGGUAUAUCUCACGAGAAACUCAAUAUCUGGCAUAACUGGGUAGCGUGGGCUAUGUUUGUACUAGCACUUGUCCAUACAUUUCCCUUCAUCGUAUUCCGCAUCUGGAAAGGGGACAUAGUCAAGCAGUGGAACGACGGAGGCAUGUGGGUUACAGGUGUUAUUGCAAUCCUAGCUCAAGCAUGGUUAACCUUCAUGUCUAUCCGCUGGAUCCGAGACCGAUAUUACGAGCUAUUUAAAGCGACCCACCUCUUUGCCGCCGCUGUAUUCUUCAUUUUCUUCUUCAUCCACUGCGAUUUUCGUCUCACCUCAUGGGACUACUUCAUCAACACAGCUGUACUGUACGCCCUUUGCUUCUUCUACUCGCAGUUCAAAACCUUUAUGGAACACGGUUUCAACCACGCCAGAAUAUCAGUAGUCACACCUCAUUGUCUCAAGGUAGUUAUAGAGACCAACACGCGAUGGAAACCGGGCCAGCACGUCUAUCUGAGAUUCUUAACCGGUGGCAUGCACGCACUGACAGCUCAUCCGUUUACAAUCUGUUCAAUCCCGCGACAUGGCCAGCGAAACGAAAUGGUCUUCUACAUCCAGCCCAGAGGGGGAGUUACGGCUAGGCUUGCUGCGAUUGCUCAGAAAUCUCCUGAGGCAUCUGUUCAGGUUCUGCUGGACGGACCAUACGGCGGCGUUACGGAUCGAUGGUUUACUGGCUUCAAUCGGACGCUCGUUGUUGCUGGGGGUGCUGGAGCAGGAUUCUCUUUACCAAUGAUCGAACACUUCCUGCAACGCCAACACCAAGGAAUCACGAACCCAGAGAUGGAAGUUAUCAUUGCAACCCGCGAUCUCGAGUUCCGGGAAUGGUACUGCAGAGCUUUGGACGAUAUCAUGGCUCGACAUGCCCAUACCGAGGACACAAAGGCCCCGGGCAUUUCCAUCUCAUUCCAUGAAACUGGAAGCUCGGUAAAGACCAGCUCGACUUCAUCCAACCCAGAGUCUCCGGCAUAUGGCAGAGACAAGGAGGUGAUGGAAAGGUCCGGGAAGUCUGCUGAGACUGGAUGGCAGUCCCAUUCGGGUUUUGUCAAUCUACAGACAUACACUGGACGGCCAGAUAUAUCCGCGAUUUCUAGGCGAGCUGUUGACCAGCCGGGAAGCGUUGGCUUGGUGACCUGUGGCCCAGCAUCAUUAGUCUUGGACUUGGGUGAAAUUGCGGCUGAGGGCCAGAAACGCAUUCUGCAAGGUAGAAGUGGUGCUAGCGAGGUCUGGUUCUACAAGGAAAACUUUUCGUAA